AUGGCCCGCCUGACGGAGAGCGAGGCGCGCCGGCAGCAGCAGCAGCUCCUGCAGCCGCGGCCCUCGCCCGUGGGCAGCAGCGGGCCCGAGCCCCCCGGGGGGCAGCCCGACGGCAUGAAGGACCUGGACGCCAUCAAGCUCUUCGUGGGCCAGAUCCCGCGCAACCUGGACGAGAAGGACCUCAAGCCGCUCUUCGAGCAGUUCGGCCGCAUCUAUGAGCUCACGGUGCUGAAAGACCCCUACACGGGCAUGCACAAAGGCUGUGCCUUUCUCACCUACUGUGCCAGGGACUCGGCCAUCAAAGCCCAGACCGCCCUGCACGAACAGAAGACCUUGCCGGGGAUGGCGCGGCCAAUCCAGGUGAAGCCUGCGGACAGCGAAAGCCGCGGAGGUAGGGACCGGAAGCUGUUUGUGGGGAUGCUGAACAAGCAGCAGUCAGAGGAGGACGUGCUGCGGCUGUUCCAGCCCUUCGGGGUCAUCGACGAGUGCACCGUGCUCCGGGGGCCUGACGGCAGCAGCAAAGGCUGUGCCUUCGUGAAGUUCUCCUCCCACACGGAGGCUCAGGCGGCCAUCCACGCCCUGCACGGCAGUCAGACCAUGCCGGGUGCCUCCUCCAGCCUGGUGGUCAAGUUUGCCGACACGGACAAGGAGCGGACGCUGCGGCGCAUGCAACAGAUGGUGGGCCAGUUGGGCAUCCUGACGCCGUCCCUCACCCUGCCCUUCAGCCCCUACAGUGCCUACGCCCAGGCUCUCAUGCAGCAGCAGACAACGGUCCUGUCCACCUCAGGCAGCUACUUGAGCCCCGGCGUGGCCUUCUCACCCUGCCACAUCCAGCAGAUCGGCGCCGUCAGCCUUAAUGGGCUGCCCGCCACACCCAUCGCCCCUGCCUCUGGACUGCACUCACCCCCGCUGCUUGGCACGGCCGCCAUGCCCGGCCUCGUGGCUCCCAUCACCAAUGGCUUUGCAGGUGUCGUGCCCUUCCCUGGCGGGCACCCCGCCCUAGAAACUGUAUAUGCCAAUGGCCUUGUGCCCUACCCAGCUCAGAGCCCGACGGUGGCCGAGACCCUCCAUCCUGCCUUCUCCGGAGUCCAGCAGUACACAGCCAUGUACCCCACCGCGGCCAUCACGCCCAUCGCGCACAGCGUCCCCCAGCCGCCGCCCCUCCUGCAGCAGCAGCAGCGAGAAGGUCCCGAAGGCUGUAACCUGUUUAUCUACCACCUCCCCCAGGAGUUUGGAGACACGGAGCUGACGCAGAUGUUCCUGCCCUUCGGCAAUAUCAUCUCCUCCAAGGUGUUUAUGGAUCGAGCCACCAACCAGAGCAAAUGUUUUGGCUUCGUGAGCUUUGACAACCCGGCCAGUGCGCAGACCGCCAUCCAGGCCAUGAACGGCUUUCAGAUCGGCAUGAAGAGGCUCAAAGUGCAGCUGAAGCGGCCCAAAGAUCCGGGACACCCCUACUGACCGGGCCCACAGCCGCCCCGAGGCUGCGGGCUUGGCCCAGGUGAGGGGCCUUCCCACUUCCAACCGAUCCAGGACUUUUCCGUAAAUUACAACUGAGUUUGGACACCAGCCCCCCCCUUCCUCUCCCUUCUCCCCUGACCCCCUCCCCAAAAUGUGAAACGCUGCCCAAGGCCACAUGGAGCGGGAAGGGGGCCUCUUGGUCUGCGGGGGGACUCCUGAGUUGGGGGCCAAGGGGUUCACGGCCCCCUCCUGGGAGAUGUCCUCGCUCCCACCUCCCCCCACCCACACAACCUUUGUGGCUUCCCCAAACAAAAUCGCAACUUUUCCUAUAUAUAUAUAUGCAUAUAUAUAUAGAGCUAUAGACACUAUAUAUAUUUUUUGAGUAUAGAUCAUGGGACCAAACUUUUCCGACUUCCUUCCAUCACAAGAGAAGGUGACCCUGGGCCGGUCACUCAGCAGGGACGCUCAGAAGGGCUGAGGCUGGCGGGGCAGCCCAGUGUCCGCCACCUCCCGCUGUCAUGUCAGACCAGGGUGCCGGCCAAACACUGGAUUCAUCAGCCAACGCGAUAUACCUCCAGGACUUUCGACCCCCCCGCCACCGACGAUUCGAGAUUCUCGCGGGCCUGUGGGCUCAACCGGCUUCAGUGUCCCUCCCUGGUCCUAGCUGCAGCUUCUGAAACCCCCAUCCCCCUUGUCCCAGGGCCCUGCCCUCCCCAGAUGUAGGCACAAAACAGAUCCCUUGGCCUUCCCCAACCUCUCCCCACCCCAGUCAUAGCCUUACUCAUGUGACCAAUAGCCCUUAGCUUUCCGUCGGGGGCAUACAGGGUCGGGGUGAGCCCCCCACCCCUCGAGCCCCCUCCCAAGGGCAGGCAGGCACCCUCCCUGCCUUUGGAUCACCAGCCUGGAAUUCACAAUCUCAUGACCAAGAUCGCCACGUGCACUGGACAAGCCCAGAGUGCACGGGCCCAGCACCCCUUCACCGGAGAUACCUCUACAAAGAUUU